AUGGCAGAAACGCUGGCGGAGGAACUGAUCACCAGCCGCGGUGACUUCGCUCCGCGUCUUUUGGAGCUCCUGCAGCAGAUGUUGAAGCUGGGCUGGGUGCAGGUGGCGGGUCUUGUGGCCAUUGUGGAGGAGUUGGCUACGGAGGCCACCGAGACCCGAGCGUUCUCGGCCCUGGCUCUCUUGGACAGCGCGCUGUCAACCGAGCCGCCAGGGUCAAGGCCAGAGCCGGGGCUGACUUCCGCGCUGAUGCGGGCCCCCAAAGUCGCGCAGCUUUUGGUGGACCAUCAUUCUGCCAUUUUGGAAGCUUAUCCUGCCCUGGCUAAGGCAGCCACUCCCCUGCUGGCUCCCUCCACCGCGCCCGUUGCCACGGCGGCCACGUCGGCUGCACGGCGGGCACGGCCAGCGCCGGCGUCCUGGUUGAGAGGUAGUUCCCAUGCAGAGGCCGAUAGCGAAGGCGAAGACGAUACCGGCGAUCCAUCCACUUUCGGCCCGGUGGUCUUUGAAGCGAUGGAGGAUGUGCUGACGGAUGGUGCAUCGUCGGAGGGCUUGUUGCCAUUCGCCCUGCUCCCCACUGUGCUUUCGGAUGUGCGGCACAUGGGUUUGCUGCUGGCUGGUGCUCGAGGUAUCUUGGAGGAGUGGGACUUGGACACCGGCUUGAGAUUGGACAGGAUGACAGUGGCUGAGGAGGAUGCUGAUGUGGUCUCCAUCGCGGCACCUCAGUGGAUGCCACAUGAGGUCUUAGCCACUGCCGUGAACUGCCCAGAGGAAGCGGGGCUGGCGCUGUUGCGCCGGGAGGCCGACGUAUGGCAAGUGGAAUCUCCAUGGCCUAGCACACGGCAAAAAACAGGCUGGCGUCACCUGGCGCGUUGUUCACGCAUCGAGUUCUUCCCUUCCUCGCAGUCGGUGCUGGCCAUGGGCCAGACUUCGGCCUUGGGUUGCCAUGAGAUCGGCCUCUACGACGUGGCCUUCGACCCCCGGCCGCUGACCACGUGCCAGGGACACUUCGACUUCGUGGCGGAUUUGUGUUCCAUUUCGUCCCAGUCCUUUGCCUCUGUGGGGAUGGAUGGCUCUAUGCUGCUUUGGGAUUUUCGCAGCCCUGGCCCCUGCAGCAAAGCGGGCUUCGGCGCCAAAGGUGCGCCGGAAAGUUUGUCGUCGGUGGCCAGCUCUCGCGGCUUGCUGCUUUGUGGCAGCCUGGGCGGCGAUCUCUGCUUCUUUGAUUUGCGGAACCUGUCAGAGCCGUUGAUGCGUCCACCUUCCGUCCGCGGAGCUGUUGUGCGGCUCCAGCUUUGGCCCCUUCGCGAACAGUUGGUGGCUGCAGUAGCGUCUUCUGAGGAAGGGCUUUGUUCGCUCAGUGUGGGUGGAUCCUGCGGGACUGGUGUGCUGCAUGCUGCGCGAUACCAGCCACCUCUGGAGGAGUGCUGCUGUGCUGCGUGGAUUGCUGGCUGGUUAUGGCUAGGCGACAUGAGGUAG